UUCAUGUUUGUUCUUUGCUUUUCCCAUGUGAAGAUCCCUUCUACACUUAAAAGGAGCCGUCAUAUUUUGGAUAGAGUAAAGUAGAAGAGAAGGUCACCCAUUGGACGUACACCUAUAAACCAAUCUAGCUCAAUUUUAUUAUUAUUUCCUUUUCAACCAAACAUCUACUAUAAAAAUGCUCAUUUCAAUUGGAUCUCUCAACAAACUUUUAACCAAUAAAACUUCAAAUUCUUUCCUUUGUGUUUGUGUUCUUUUUCCCUUACAAUGAAAUGGUGUAGAGGCAAGCUCAUUGGUCAUGGCGCCUCGGCUGCAGUUUACUUAGCAGAGUCUCUUCCUAAUGGAGACGUUUUUGUAGCCAAGUCUGUCGAGUGUUCGAGAUCAAAUGCACUUCGAAGGGAGCAAGAAAUUCAUUCAAAAUUGAAAUGUGAUCGAAUUAUUGAGUAUAAAGGAUUUGAUGUUACUAUUGAGAAUGGUAUGUCUUUUUACAAUAUUUUCCUUGAGUAUGCCUCUAGUGGUACGCUUAUUGAUGUAAUUCGGAAAAAAGGUGGUGGCCUAAGCGAUUCCUUGGUUAGACGAUAUAGUAGAGAAAUACUACAAGGUUUGGAGUACAUACAUUCUAAAGGUAUAGUACAUUGUGAUGUAAAGGGUGCUAAUAUUUUGGUUACAAGUGAAGGUGUCAAAAUUGGGGACUUUGGGAGUUGCAAGAGGGUUAAUGAUGUGGUGAAUUUUGAUUCGUCCGGUUGUGGGAUUUGUGGAACCCCUAUCUACAUGGCGCCUGAAGUGGCACGUGGUGAACAACAAAGUUACACGGCAGAUGUGUGGGCAUUUGGGUGCACGGUGUUUGAAAUGGCUACGGGGCUAAGCCCAUGGCCCAAUAUAGCCCAAGACCCGCUUUUGUCCCUAUAUCAUAUCGGGUUUUCAGAUGUGUUACCGAAAAUCCCCGAUUCCUUAUCGGAUCAAGCAAAGGACUUCUUGGCUAAAUGCUUGAAAAGAGACCCAAAAAAAAGGUCAAUAGUUAGUGAUCUCCUUAAGCAUCCUUUUGUUAGUGAUAAUGGGCCAACACAUGAGCCUACUUUUGAUACACCAACAAGCAUAUUGGAUCUUCAAAUAUGGUCCAAGACAUUGGAGGAACCUUACGCAGCCCAAACCCAUGUACCCCAAGAAAGAUCCAUCAAGUGUCCAAUUGAGAGAAUAAUGGAAAUGGUAAACUCAUACCAAGAUGAAUUUCCUAAUUGGGCUUGGAAUGAUGAUUGGAUUACAGUUAGAAGUAACCAAACUAAGGAAAAAGCAAGGAGUAUUUCUAGUCAUACGGGCCUUUUUAUAGACCAAAACAUUCAGCCUAUUAUGAGAAAUAAGAAUUUAAAUUUAACCGUUGCAGUUGUGUUAUGUAAAACCAUUGAGAUGAACUUUCCAUUUCUUAGCGUGUCAUUCUUAAAUUGUUGUACAAUUACUAUAUAUAGUAAGUCUUGUAGCAAAACAAAAGUUGAUGUCAUCUCAAAAAGUGAUUUCAUUACCAAAUGUAUCAUUGCUAAAUAUUGUUUUAUCAAAAUUGUGGAAUAUUAUUUUCUUCCUAUAAUGUUUUAUCAAUCUUAG